CGGCGCGACGCAUCUCGCCACGGCAAUCCCCGCUAAGCCAGACUCGCACUAGCGCACCCGCUCUUGGCAGACGAGAGCUGAGCUUGCUGUCGCCUGAACGAUAAUUGUCUCCAUCCGUCGUGCCUCUUCAAGCAACGACUCAUCCUUUGCAAGUCACUGAACCUGCGUGACGAGCAUGGUUGGCAUCACAAUGGCCACUGACUUCAAUAUGCACGACUUCAUCACCGCGAUGAAAGGCUUCCAGGCUUCUGAUGAAGCUCGCCAGCGGCUCUUCGCAGACAUGCUCGACAGAUAUACGGCUUUGCUUGAAGAACACGCGAACCUAAAGAAUGAUUAUGCCAGUGAGAGAGAUAUCCGCCGAAAUUACCAGAGGUCGGUCGACCAGAUGCAGAGGCAGGUUGCCGAAACCCAUCGCGAGUUGGAACACAACUCGUUCGUCUUAGCACUUAUCGAUGGUGAUGGCGUUAUUUUUCAAGACUCACUCCUCCAAGCCGCAGCGGGCGACGGCGGAUCCGAGGCCGCCUCCCGGCUGCAAUAUGCCGUGCGCGAGCACAUCGCCUCGCUGUACCGCAACUCUGGCAACUGGCCUAUUAUGGUGCAAAUCUAUCUCAGCCUUGAUAAGCUCGCGCAGAAGCUCGCCUCGGUCGGCCUUCUGCAACACCCUGCCGAACUUCGAGCCUUUGCCCAACGUUUCAGUGUCAACCAACCGCUUUUUAGUAUUAUUGAUGUAGGCCACGGAAAGGAACGCGCUGACCACAAGAUUAAAGAAAUGCUUCGCACCUUCAGCGAUAACCCCACGUGCAAGCACACCGUCUUCGGAGGAUGCCAUGAUGCCGGCUAUCUCCUGAACCUUGAUCAGUAUAAGCAUAAUGCGGAUAAGGCUGCUCGCAUCACUCUCCUAGAAUCGACUCCUGCAUUCAGAGGCUUCGCCGACCUGCCCAACUUCAAGCGAGCCCGAUUUGAUAAUGUAUUCCGGAACGAACCUCUUCCAGAGACGCUGUAUGGCUACACGGCAUACUCGCAGCCUCUGAUGCAGCCUCCGGUCUCGGCGCCGGCUCAAGCUCCAUUUCAGGCUCCAUUUCAAGCUCCAUUUCAAGCUCCAUUUCAAGCUCCAGUCCAAGCUCCAGUCCAAACUCCCGUUCAGGCUCCGUUGAUGAGGACCCUGACCAACGGUUCUCCAGGUCCAGCCGUAGCUCUUGCCAAUGCCAAUGCUACGCCUGCCGCCUCGUCGCCCAGCACCACUGUCUCUUCGCUCGCCGCCACGAAUGGUGACGCGUCUGAUUCCUGGGCUACGGUCGGCAAGACUGGUGUUCCGGCCAACGAGAACAUAUCUAUCGCUCCUAAAGCCAACCCAAAGAAGAAAUACAUCUACUACAACGAAAAAGGCGAGCGUCUCGAUGAGCCGCUCCCGCCUCGCGACCGCGCUGCUGCUGAAGCAAUCGACAAGCGCAUGCAGAAGCUCGGUCGCAACCUCUGCAAUCACUGGCAUCUGAAUAAGGGCAAGUGCAGCCAGGGCUCGGCGUGCUAUUUCCAGCAUGAGCCGAAGCUCACGCCGCCCGAAAUGAAUGCACUGCGGUACAAGACGCGUUCGCUUGCUUGCAAGGAUCGCUACUGCGAAAACUUUGACUGCUAUCUGGGCCACCAAUGCUCGUUCGAGCGCGAUCAGGGCUACUGCCCAUUCCCCGAAAAGUGCAACCUCAAGCAUACCCACGGCAUGGAUAAGAUCAAGCAUGAGCGAUGGGAUGCCGAGGGUAACCAGGAAAUCUUGAAGUAAAUGUCACUUACUUCGAGCCCUUUCUCAACUGCCUGCCGGUUGUGAAUGCUUAUGGCGUCUUCAGUAUAUCUAUCUGCAUUACCUAAAUUGUGAGGAGAAAGGCUGGUGCGUGCUUUUAAGGGUAAGCGUGUAUGGAGUGCAACAACUUGUGUGAGUUCUGCAUCUUAUCGUUGGGAACGUGUCUGGACGAGGCCUCUCGGUAUGUCGAGCGGUGCGUAGGUGCUUUGUUGGCAGAAUAUAAAUUGGGUAUUUGAUCUUUCCGCUCUGCGCUUCGUAAUGUCUUUCGGAUGAAGUAUUCUCACUUAGGCAUUGACAAAGGAAGAACAAUAUUUGCGUGGAUGCAUGUCUUCAACCGCCCCCGUUUCCGGCGACGGUAGCAUAGCACCCCAGUUCUUGAUUUUUCACGUUACUCUACAUAUUAAAUAUUACUCUAG